AUGUCUAACAACGGAGGUGGAGGGGACUCCAAGCUCUUCGCUCGGGGCAAAGUCGCAGAGCUGCGCCUCGAGCUCAACAGCGGCGGCAAGAAGGACAAGAACUAUGCGACCAAGAAGAUUGCGCUCAAGCGCAUCGUGGCCAACAUGACGAUGAGCAACAACGACAUGGUCGCGCUGUUCCCCGACAUUAUCCAGUGCAUGCACAUCUCCAGCUUGGAGAUCAAGAAGAUGUGCUUUUUGUACUUGGUCAACUAUGCGCGAGUUCGCCCAGAGAUUGCGGUCAAUGCGAUUCCCAUCCUGGAACAAGACAUGCAAGACUCGAACCCCCUCGUGCGAGCGCUCGCUUUGCGAACCAUGUCAUACAUUCAUGUGCGCGAGUUCGUGGCAGCCACCGUUCCCCUCGUCAAGCACAUGUUGAGAGACCCGGACCCCUACGUACGGAAGACGGCCGCAUUCUGCGUCGCAAAGCUCUACGAUCACGACAGGCACAUGGUCGAGCAGUCGGACCUGAUUGAUCGACUCAACUCCCUGCUCAGGGACGACAACCCCACCGUCGUUGCCAGCGCACUGGCCGGACUGAUGGACAUUUGGGAGAGGAGCGACGCCAUCAAGCUGACCAUCGAUUACACCAAUGCCUCCAAGAUGGUGGCCAUCCUACCUGACUGCUCCGAAUGGGGUCAGACGUACAUCCUCGAGGCGCUCAUGUCCUAUGUCCCCCAGGAAUCAGGAGAAGCGUCACUGCUAGCCGAGCGAAUAGCCCCCCGACUCUCACACUCCAACUCUUCAGUUGUACUAACCUGCAUCCGGGUGAUUCUGUACCUGAUGAACUACAUUGCAGACCAGAAGCAGAUUUCGGCGCUCUGCAAGAAGCUCUCUCCACCCCUGGUGACGCUGCUGGCCAAGGGCCCCGAGGUCCAAUAUCUCGCACUCAGAAACGCACUGCUUAUUCUGCAACGACGGCCCGAGGUGCUGCGAAACGAUAUCCGAGUCUUUUUCUGCAAAUACAACGACCCAAUCUACGUCAAGGUCACCAAGCUGGAGCUUAUCUUCAUGCUGGCCAACGAGAAGAACAUCGACGAGGUUCUCACCGAGCUGAGGGAGUACGCCACGGAAAUCGACGUCCACUUCGUGCGAAAGGCUGUCCGCGCCAUCGGCAAGCUCGCCAUCAAGAUUGAGCCCGCUGCCCGACGAUGCAUUGAUCUGCUGCUGGAGCUGGUUGCCACCAAGGUCACGUACAUCGUGCAGGAAGCUACCGUGGUGAUCCGAAACAUCUUCCGCAAGUAUCCAAACCAGUACGAGUCCAUCAUCGGCACCUUGUGUGAACAUCUCGACUCGCUCGAUGAACCAGAGGCCAAGGCUGCCAUGGUCUGGGUCAUUGGCCAAUAUGCAGACCGCAUAGAAAACAGCGACGCGCUGCUGGAGGACUUCCUCUACUCGUUCCAGGAAGAACCUGUCGAGGUGCAGCUGGCGCUUCUCACCGCGACGGUCAAGCUCUUCAUUCAGAGGCCAACCAAGGGCCAGGAGCUGGUACCAAAGGUCCUCAAGUGGGCCACCGAAGAAACAGACAACCCUGAUCUGCGUGACCGCGCCUACAUGUAUUGGCGACUGCUAUCGACCGAUAUGAACGCUGCAAAGAGCAUCGUCAUGGGAGAGAAGCCUCCCAUCACAGCCGAGUCGGAACGCCUGGAAUCGUCGACGCUCGAGGAAAUGUGUCUCAACGUCGGCACCCUGGCGACGGUGUACCUCAAGCCCGUGCAAUCCGUGUUCCGAUCCGCGAGGCCGCGAAAGUUGAUUCCAUCUCCGGCAUUGCAGAAGCAAUAUGCGUCCAACGACCUUGACAACCAGAAGAGCUUGAGCAUGUUUGGCAACGGAAGCCAGCCUACCAACAUCGAUCUCCGGACGCGCAACGCGGCCGCCACACCAGCUGCCAACGGUGGAAACCUAGCGCAGGCGGUCAAUGAUGCAGACGCCUACUUCUCCAGCAUUGGGACGCAGCAGAUGGCCGCCAUGAGAAUAGACGGCGGAGACGAUGGAUACGGUGGAGGAGGAGGCAACGUCACCGGCUAUGUGGUGAAUGCCCUGGCGCCACAGGCUGUGUUGCAGCCGGCACAUGGCGAGGGAAGCAAUGGCGAUUUGCUGGUCUUGUAA